GGCGGGGCAGACCAUAAUAAAACACUUCCUCGAGACUGCAGUGAGCGGACUACGAGGGAAACAGUCUGACUCUGCAAUGGCGACUGACUGGAAGCAGAAAUGUGACUCGGAAUGGCAGCUCGGGGCUCGCGGUGUCCCAAUGCCCGACACCGUGGACUGGAAAUCGGUGUUCGAGACGAAGCCGUUCGAGCGCAACCUACUCCAAAACCCCUCGCCUUACGGUGUGAACCACACUGUCCCACCACCUGAACCCCAUCGGUCAGGAAUACCACCUCCUUCAGACCGACCACCUCAAUUGGAGCCUGAAGGUAAUUUCUCCGGCUGGAAAACUAAUACAGAAGUUUUGCCCUAUGACACUAGUGGAAUUCCUCCUGGUGUUGUGAUCUGCCAGCUUCCUCAGCACAGGUGGUUCACUCUAGAGCAGUGUGUUGACCUGAAGGCAGCAGGUCUGUGGGACCAACUGCUGGAUGACUUUCAGCCAGAGAUAGUCAUUGAAGACUGGUAUGAGGAAAGCCAGCUUCAUAAAUGUAUUUAUCAACUUGAUGUGAAACUUCUGGGUGCCGAUGGUGAGACAGUCAUUAAGCAGCACACCUAUAACCCUGAAGAGGACCUGGAGUGCUACUCGCACACCUGGAAAAAGGUUUCCCAUGUGUUCUCCAAGUAUGGGCCAGGGGUGCGGUACAUUCACUUCCUCCACAGACUGAAGAACCAGUUCAUGGUUGAAUUCUUUAAUACCAAAGUCACAGACAGCUCGAUUAUUGUCAAGGCCAGCAAAUCCAGUGUGAAAUAAUAAUCCAUCAGUCAAAUUAACUUGAUGCACUCUGUAAUAUUAAGACAAGUAUUCAACUCGCAUAUUUCUUAAAGUAACUGCAUUUACUAUAAUACAAUAAAACAUUCCUUUCUCAA